AUGACCCUCGCUCUCUGCGGUUACUCUGCCACCUUCAUGCGCUACGCCAUGGCCGUCACNCCCGUAAACUACCUCCUCUUCGGCUGUCACUUCGUCAACUUUGGCGCACAAGCUACUCAGGGAUACAGAUACCUCAACUACUGGAAGUGCGUUGCUCCAUCUUCUCCUGCUCAUGUGCAACACAAGUCCAUGCUGACACGUGCCUUUCUNAGCUUUGGUGGUAAGGAGUUGAAGGACAAGGCCACACAAGAAGCUUCUCACAUCGCAGACCAGGCCAAGGCUGCUGCUCACAAGGUUGAGGGCAAGGCCAAGGAGGUCGCCAACAAGGUCACCAGCUCAUAA